GCCCUCUGGUCGCGCCUGGCUGCAGACAGCUCGCGGAGCGCAUUGUGCAGCUCCGGCGCUCCGAGUGGACUCCAGAAAGCCUGGAAAGCCAUCAUGGCAGAGAGGCCCAAGCUCCACUACCCGAACGCAAGAGGCCGCAUGGAAUCCGUCAGAUGGGUCCUGGCGGCCGCCGGAGUCGAGUUUGAUGAAGAAUUUCUGGAAACCAAAGAACAGUUGCACAAGUUGCAGGAUGGUAAUCACCUGCUCUUCCAGCAAGUGCCUAUGGUUGAAAUUGAUGGAAUGAAGUUGGUGCAGACCCGAAGCAUCCUCCAUUACAUAGCAGAAAAGCACCAGCUCUUUGGCAAGGACCUCAAGGAGAGAACCCUGAUCGACAUGUAUGUGGAGGGGACGCUGGAUCUCCUGGAGCUACUUAUCAUGCAUCCUUUCUUAAAACCAGACGAUCAACAAAGGGAAGUGGUUAACAUGGCCCAGAAGGCUAUCAUUAGAUACUUUCCUGUGUUUGAAAAGAUUUUAAGGGGCCAUGGACAAAGCUUUCUGGUUGGCAAUCAGCUGAGCCUUGCAGAUGUGAUUCUACUCCAGACCAUUUUGGCUCUAGAAGAGAAAAUUCCUAAUAUCCUGUCUGCAUUUCCUUUCCUCCAGGAGUACACGGUGAAGAUCAGCAAUAUCCCUACAAUCAAGAGAUUUCUUGAACCUGGCAGCAAGAAGAAGCCUCCCCCUGACGAAAUCUACGUGAGAACCGUGUACAGCAUCUUCAUGCCCUAGAAUGCAGGCCUGUCUGCGGGUGAGAGCUUGUCUCUAGCUACGGCUGUGCCCGGGCUGUCUUCACUGAUCCCAGCUCUGUCCUGGUGCUGUGUGUUGUUGGGUCUCUCACAUCAGUGAGAUCUUCUUUUCUAUACCCCUCAUCUGUUGUUGUUUUUAUUAUUAUUAUUAGUGAAUAGUUGUUACAGGACUUGUUGGGAAACCUUUCUGGGGAGGCUGGUGUGUGAGUUAGAUCUGAUUGUACUACUCAUCUCCUGCAGCUAAUCCAUCCUGUGGGGGGGGAUGACCGGAUCUCAUGUCCUUGCUCUGCUCUUCUCUCUCUACCUUGUUCUAAUCCCCUUCCAGUCUCUCCCUCAUGUUUGGUGCUAACCACAGAGAGUCUCGUGAAUGCCUCUCCUCUGAGCUAUCAUAAGUCAAAUGGUAGUGAUAAAUAUGAUCGAUACUUGCCAAAUAAAGUUUGCCGAUCAUUA